AUGGAUCAGAUGUCACCUGAGCUGGCCGCCCUAGCACAGGACCAGGAAAAGGCAAACGCUGGGAGCGGGAGACAUGCAGUCUUUGUUCCAUAUCCGGAAGGAGUUACGAAAAUGCUCAAGUGGCUGUUCUGGAGCAUCAUCUUCUACAACAUUAGUCUCUGCGCCACGAAGGUGUCCAUCUUACUACAGUACCACCGGAUAUUCGCCGUGCCUGAGAUGCGCAUACCACUUGGCGUACUCAUGGGGUUUAUUGUCGUUUGGGGCACGGUGGCGUUGCUAAGCUCAGUCUUCACCUGUGUCCCCAUAUAUGCCUAUUGGGAUGUCCUGGCGAAACCGACAGCUAAAUGUCUCGAGAAUGACAACCUUUGGUACGCGAAUGCCAGCAUCAACAUUGUGACAGACCUUGCUGUCGCCUUUCUUCCCGUCCGGGUAAUCUGGAACCUACAGAUUGCAAUGCGUCAGAAGCUUGCACUCAUCGCCGUCCUCACCAUCGGUUGGUUCGUAUGCGUCGUGUCGGUUCUUCGCCUUACCUCUGUCAUCAAUGCGCUCAAACAUCCCGAAGACAACUCGUACUACACCGCACGGGCGGCGUACUGGUCUGCAAUCGAGAUUAACCUGGCCAUUGUUUGCGCAUCGCUACCUGCGCUUAAGCCAUUGAUUGUCAGACUCAUACCAGGCUUCUCUUCCCGGAAUUCUGGCAGAGGGACUGGCACUGGUGAGAACAGCAGAAUCGUCACUAUCGGCACUCGUGGCAGGAACACAGCGAGACAGACUCGCGAAUUUGAGCUUGAAGCAGGAGUUCCGGAGAGCCCACGCUCUGAACUGCCUAGAUCUCCAGAUGUCGGUGGAUUUGACAAGAGUAUCUACAUCUCCAGGCACUAUGAGCAACACUAUGAAGAUGGCUCGCGCCUUAGCGAUGGUGAGAGUCAGACGGAUCUUGUUACAAGACCGAAGCCGACAUAUUAA